UUGGUCUCCUGCCAGGCUGUUUGACUUGUGGCAGGGAACAGAACAGAAUCCCAUUAAAAAACACAUAAAGGUUGAGAAUUUUAACACUUGGCAUUGGUGUGUGGCCUCAGUCUGUCCUUGUGAAGAAGAGAUGUCUUGUCCAUUAAAAUACCUGUUCAUUGCAAUGAAUGCUUGUGGGUUCAUUUUCAUCUUCCUAUUCUUUCUACAUCAACCUGAGGAUCGCAAUAUUAACUUCAGUCCCAACAUUGUCACCGGCCCCUUCAUCGCUCUUGAGGAUAAUAAGACUUUCAUAAUUUCUCCUUAUUAUGAUCCCAGAGAAACUAAUUUGAUAAGAACAAUUGCUGUAGUCCAUAAAACAGUGAAAGACCUUUACUGCUUGUUCUAUUGUAAACACAAUGGUGUUUUACCUGUUAAGGCAGAAAUUGACAUUGUUAAAGACUGGUUUGGAUUCCCUUAUGAGACAGCCAACCUACUAUGUAAAAUCCCAUCUGAAUGGGAUUAUGUCUAUAUGUCCAUCCAUAUAAACAGCUCAGAAGACAGAAAACAAAUUCCAGUGUUAAAGAUUCCAAAAGAGCCUCUAAAAUCAUUUUCUGCUAGUUUUACUGUUUGCAUCUCUGCAUUAUAUGGACGAUAUCAUAAUGUAAUGCAGGUGAUUCAGGCCAUUGAAAUGUAUAAAUUACUAGGAGCUUCUAGAGUCACCAUCUACAACAACAGCUGCCAUGAAAAUGUGGAUAAAGUACUGAGAUAUUACAUUCAAGAAGGUGUUGUAGAAGUUAUACCCUGGCCAGUAGACAAGUAUCUAAAAACUACGACAAAAUGGAAAUAUGUUAAAGGAGAUGACAGUGAUAUUGGCUACUAUGGACAAGUUGCGGCUUUAAAUGACUGCAUGUAUAGAAAUAUGUUCAAAAGUGAAUUUGUUCUCCUAAAUGACAUUGAUGAGAUUAUUCUUCCAGUAAAGUAUUGGAACUGGUCAUCUUUAAUGAGUAAUCUUCUAAAACGAUAUCCGGAAACAAGUGUCUUUCGUUUUGAAAAUCAUGUCUUUCCAUCAGUGGUUAAUGCAUCUGGAUUCAACUAUUGGUAUCAUGUACCAGGGAUUAAUAUUCUUCAACAUCCUUAUAGAGAACCUAGUGAUAACGAGUCCAUCAAGCCACGAAAAAUGAUUAUUAAUCCACGAAAAGUCAUUCAAACAUCAAUCCAUACAGUUUUAAAGGCUGAAGGACAUAUUACAGCGGUUUCACGAAAAGAUAGUAUUCUAUUUCACUGUAAAGCAAAACGGAACAAGAAUAUUCCAGAGAAGAACUUGAUCAAGGAUAACAUCAUUUUGCGAUACAAUGUGACUCUAUUUCCGAAAGUUGAUGAGGUUGUUCAGAAACUUUUCCCUCAGCACUAGCUCAGAUACAAGAGAAUGUGUAUAGGCUAAAGGCAGUCAUUUACUUUUAUUACUGAGAUGUGGAGUAUGGUUGGGCCACUCUCAUACUCCACAUCUCUCUGUCAUGGGGCUGAGAUGAUAAAAUACUGCUUAUUGGUGAUAUUGUGUAACAUGUGGA